CGUAGAAAAAUUUUGAUACCAUUGCAUGCGAUUGCAUUUCAAUAUGGCGAAUGAUGGCGAACCGCGACAAAGGACGCAGAAAGUGGGGAGGAUUUUCACAAGAAUCUAUGAGUUCUAAACUGGAGAAAGAUAGACUGGCAGGGAUGCGUGGAGGAGGAAAUAGAGCAUCUCAGGCUUUAUAUAGACCUGGAAGCGGCCCCUUGCGCAAAUCGUUCAGACCUGGCAGCACCGUCGAUGAAUACGACAACGAAAAUGGCUCGCAGGAAAAAUCUAGACCGACGUCCGUCCAAUAUCGUCUGCGACAGUCACAGUCCAAUAGAUCCAAUCAAGCGCAAGACAACCCACCUCUGUCACAAAUUGACAAUGUCACUGGAAAGUUGGACAACACUCAUAUCGAUCAUAGGAACAGCAGCAACAGUGAGUCAACACAGAACACUGGUCACAAUAUUGGCGGAGGGACAGGAGGGAACGAUCCAAAGAGGAAAAUAAGGAAACCUGAGCAGUUGCUAUACAUACCGAAGAAAGUGAAGGAAGCAUUGGCCGAACAAGACGGAACCAACAGGUCUCCCAGCCACAGUGCGUGGGAACGCGAGAGAGAAGACAGCGACGAUCGUGACUCCCAUUCCAACCGCAGUCACAAGAGCGAUCGUAAUCGUGGGAGCGGCCACGGUGCGCGAGACAACGAGUGCGAAGGAAAGGGCAGGGAUGAUAACGGUAAACGGUACUCGGGCAGUCGUCGAUACCGUCACACUAAUGAGAACGAGGAGCGUUGGCGGUCCGAGUCGCCGGUGUCAGCUAAGAAUUGUGCGAACCGAAAGGACAAUCUGCGCGAAGUCAGACAGGGCUCGGAGCCUCUAUCAAGCAACCAGAGUGACUUCAAUCGCACGAGAGACACACGCAGUGUCGAGCCCACUGGACACCAGGAUAAAUUCCAAGGCAAGCCACCCUCGGGCAGGCGCAGCAGCACGAAGGACAGCUUGUCGAAGAAUAUCAAGUUAGAACUUUUGCCACCACGGUUUCAAAAGAAGUAUCUCAUUGACAAUGGAUAUACGCUACCCAGCAACAAUCCGGGAACGUCCGCAGAGGACUCCUGGAACGGUAGCAGCAUUACGUUUCAGGGUUCAUCCAGUUACAAUUAUCCAUCAGCAAUGCAGCAUUCGCAAACGAUGCAAAAUCUACCACCAUCCGGACCCGUGCCGCAAUCUAAUUGGUCGAACACCGUGCCGGCAAGAAGCAGAGGAAGAGGGAGACUCAGGCCCGAGGAGCUGAAUGGUACAGCUGGCAGCAUUUUCAGACCUGUCACCCCUGAACAGUACUCGGCGCCGAGUUCCAGAUCCCAUACACCAAGCCAGGAAUAUAUGAAUCGGUCUUACGACCGUCGUGGCAGUAAUAGCACUAUGUACACCAGCAUGGAAAGCUUAAGUCGCGCUGAUAGCGUAAUGAUGCCGCCGCCGUCGUCUGCGUCGCCGGCAACGUCACAGUCGAACUCGAACAGAGGCCACAGAUCACCAGAGAAUCAUCGCAGAGGCGUAAUGUCGCCGAUCAACAAUCGCACUAGUAACAUGCAAAAAACGAGCAGUAAUGCACAUGAGCACAACUCGAUCCUAGACAAGCAACGCAAUCAGCAAAACACGAAUAUUGGCAACGUAAAGAGCGAAUCGUUCAACGCAUCGUCGAACACUGCGUCUGAAACAUUCGAUUGGAGCGAAGAGGUUGAAUUGAAUGACAAAUUAGAGCAGGAACAUCUGAGUCGCAGCUCAUCGGUGCUAAGUAUACGGGAGGGCGCGAGUAUGCCACGAAGUCAGGCCGUAGGCGAGAGUCACAAGCGACGUAAAAAAAAAAAACGGGACAAGAAUCGCGAUACUGACCGCGGCAGCAGCAGGGACAAGGCACGGGGCAACAGUCGCGAACGCCAGAAGAAUCAGCAGAACCGGGAGAAUGAUAGCUACAACAACAAUCAAAAGAAUAAUAAUAAUAAUAACAAUAGUAGCAAUAGACGAUACGAUCAUAGGAGGCGUAGUAUUAUUCAGCGUAGCCGGGAAUCUAGUAAGGACAGGGGUUACGGUAGCAAUUACAGAAGCUUCGACGAUCUUCAUAGACGCAGAACCGACAGGUACUUAGACGAGGAUUGGAGAACAGGUAGAAAGAUAUCGAUCUGCGAUUCCGACGACGGCAGACAAACCCCUAAAGUUCCCUCCCAUUCGACCUCGUACUUGAGCGCGACGACGAACUCGACGAUGCAUCAGUCGCCUCCGACGGGGUACAGUAAUUCUCAGCCGGGCGUGCUGAUCCUGCCAGAUGCCAAUCAGUCGGCCCCCGGCCAGUCAGCUGCAUCCUCUCAGCAAGGAAUCGGGCAGCAACAGCAGAGAAUACUGUUCGAUCCGAACAAUCCGCAUAAACCUAUCGUUAUCACGUCACCUGGAAGUAGAGCGGCUGUACAGAGGGACAACGACAUGCAAGUCUCGAACGUUCCGGUAUUUCAGUCUAAUGUAGGUGUCGCUGCAUCGCACUACUCCUUCCAAAGCGCCCAGCUGGACGGCAUGCCACCACCGUACAUGAACGAUCAAUUCGGAAAUAUGAGACCUUCGUGGUACGAUCCGCAUUCUGCCAGUUUUCACUCGGCGAAGAAUCACUGCCUUCUCCUGGACAUAGAGCGCGCUGAUCUGGAACUGCAGUGGAUACUGAGUUCCGGUGGCUUCCGGUCGCGUUGGGAGAGAGUCUCGUACAUACGACACUUCCUCCAACAGGGCUUGAAGAUACUGCUCGAGACCGACAUCAAGUUCUGCCAGUCGGAGAACGUCGAGCAACACUUUUGGAAGAUACUAUUUUACAAUCUGAUCGAGAUGCUGCGAAAAGUGAUGCCGAAAGAGAGCGCGGAGGGACGCGAGCAUUACAAGAAGAUAAUGCUGAAUAUCAUUGACGAGGGCACUACGUACCUAGAGAGCCUGCUGACCACUCUUGAGAGUACUUACGAGUUCAAGCUGGACGCGUUUCUCGCGUUAUCGAGCCUACCGAAGGGUCUGGGGCUUCUAGGACUGGCUCUGGUCAGCGCGCAAAAGAUAUUUCUGUUUCUGGGCGACUUGGCGAGAUACAAGGAACAGGCGAACGAAACCAGUAAUUAUGGCAAAUCUAGGCAGUGGUAUCUGAAAGCGCAGCAAAUUAAUCCUAAAAACGGCAGACCUUACAAUCAACUUGCCUUACUGGCGCAUUAUGCAAGACGAAAAUUGGACGCCGUGUAUUACUACAUGCGAUCUCUCAUGGCGUCGAAUCCUUUUCACUCUGCGAGGGAAAGUUUGAUCGCGCUUUUCGACGAGAACAGAAAAAAGUAUCUACAUUAUUACGAGUCUAUCGAACGUAAGCGGAAAGAAGAACGGGAGUCGAAGGAGCGAGCGAGGAUGAAGGAGAAAGAAGGCGCGAAUGUCAUCGGCGGCGGAUUGAGAAGAGAGACGUGGAUCCAUCCGGGUGACGGUAGACGAGUGCGGCGUACAACGAGCGCUGCCACUGCCAACGAUGCGAGAUUGUCCCACACAAGCGACUUGGAGGAGUUCUCGCAAUUAACGAGCGUCGAGGUGAACAAACGAUUCGUCACUUCAUAUCUUCAUGUUCACGGGAAGCUCAUCACCAAGAUAGGAAUGGAGACUUUCCAAGAAGCUGGUGUUCAGAUGCUGAAGGAAUUCAGAGCUCUCUUGCAGCACUCGCCGCUACCGCUUCCUGGCACUCGGCUUCUUCAACUCUUGGCGCUUAACAUGUUCGCGAUCGACACUACGCAGUUAAAGGACUCCCAGAUGGAGCAAGGCUACAGAUCGGAGGUACAAGAGCGGGCGCUCGUGGUGUCGUUGCAGAUGUUCAGCCUGAUCUUGGAGCGCGGUGUAUCUCUGCUGAAGACUCAGCUGGAAAGCGAGCAGGAACCGAGGCUGGUGGUCGGCGAGGAUCUGCAAGUGCUUCUACCGGCUAUUAAGAUCUGGUGCGACUGGAUGCUGUGCCACAGCACCGUUUGGAAUCCUCCACCGUCUUGUACGGACUAUAGAGUCGGGCCACCCGGAGACGCAUGGACCAGGUUGGCGACUAUGGUGAACUUGCUAGAAAAAUUAAAUUACACCAGAACAACGCUCAUUCAAGGCAAGGAUGCCGAAGGUCGUGAAGAAGAACUGGAACUUGUAAAACUGCCAGAAGAUAUCACAUUGGCGGGAUUCACGCCUCUCAUGUUGAAUCCUCAGGAUCCUUGCUACGUGGAGAAAACAGAAGAUAUGGAAGUGGCUCAGGUGUGCCUCAGGAUAAGCAAGAUUCUCUUCUUCGGUCAAGUGUUCUUAUGUGGCUUGGAGACACCGGUGCUGAAACUGCAGAAGAGCGAGACCGGCGUCAGCGAAUACGUCUCCGUGGUGGAGGCCUCGAGCACGAGUUCGCCGAGUUCGCCACCGACACAGAGCGACUCGGAGCUCCUGGUGGAAAGUUACAGCGAGGAGGAGGAGGAGGAGGAGUCGAUUUCCACGCUGAGGAGAUUACCCUCGUGUGGCAACGUGCCCGACGAUACGACGGCUCCCGUAGCUGCGGUUGAGAUAAGGUCGCUGAUCGAGAGGAAGGAGGAACUCGAGAGGCGGCAGCGGAAACAAGAUCGGCAUCGACAGCGGGUGCAGGCAAUCUUACAAAAGUCCUCGGUAUCGGUGGAGAUCGAGGUGAGACCAAGACAGCUAGUGCCGGACACGAAUUGCUUCAUCGACUAUCUGCGACAAUUGCAAACCAUCGCAAGAGCUAUUUCCGGCGCGCAACCGAUCUAUACACUUAUGGUGCCACUUGUUGUUUUAAAUGAACUUGAAGGUCUAGCUCGAGGCGCCGAUGCGAGGGAUUGUCCUCCAGCGUCGCGGGCGGCUCUGAAUCCUGAACAUGUGGCGCGAGUGGCCGAGAGUGCCAAGGCGGCAUUGGCCUUCGCGAGGAGCCGAAAUCCGGCGAUUCGGUGCUUAACCACGAGAGGCACCGUUCUCACAUCCAGCACUUUCACGGUUGAGGAAGACGUCGACAAGGAUGGACUGACAAGAAAUGAUGACAGGAUAUUAACUACGUGCCUCAGUCUGUGUAGGAGCAACAAGGAUCAGACAAACGCAGAGGAGGGACAGCCGCGACGUUUGAGACGGGAAGUGGUUCUGCUCACGGAAGAUCGGAACCUGAGGGUGAAGGCUCUGGCCAGGGACGUGCCUGUGAGGGAAGUGCCCGACUUUAUGCAAUGGGCCGGACUUGGCUGAGACAGUUCUACGUGAUCACGACCAACUCUGAGAAAUUUCCCGUGUUCCUACCGCGCGAGCUCGAUCAAACGCAAGCAAGACCAAAUGCAACGAGACGAAAGAAAGGAAGAAGAAGAUGACGAUGAUGAUGAUGAAGCAGCAUUAGAAAGAAAAGGACACAUCGCUAGCGGAUCUUCGUCGCGAGCCUUUUUCGUGGACAAUCGACUGUCAACUGUGUGCGCACGACGUUGCUAUCGCGUAAGUUCGUCCCACGUGGAUUAUUCAGUUCUGUCUCCCGAUGGUACUCUUUCUGAAUUUCUUUUUAUAUUUCUAUCGCCAAGAGACGUAAAGAGUAAUGAGAAAAGAACAUACCGAAAAAAACACAGAACAUAAAGAAGCAAAGGAUACGACGCGAAUAAAAUUGCGAGUACGGUACGGUAAUGAUACAAAGAAACUUGCCGUUUUACUUGCCGAAAGCGCGAGCCGUUUAAAGAUUCCUUAAGUAUAAGCAUGAUGCUUCCUAUCCCUGUAUCCCUAAUUCCCGUCUAUAUCCCGAACGUAUAGGCGCCCAAAAAAUCCUGAGGAGAGCCUUUUCACGUGGGAUUCGUAUAAUGGUGGCCCCAAAAGACGCGUCGGAUGCGAAGCGUUCGGCCAUGCAGACGCGGCGAUUACGUCGAAUUAAAAUCGAGAGCUUAAUCAGCGGACGUGGACAUCGCGAAGAGAAAGUCGGAAGAACGGCAAGGAAAGAAGCUGUUCUUCAGGUUGUUAUCACUGUUUAUAGAGUGUCUUUAUGAUGGUCUUUACGAUGGCAGCCGCGACUAUUGCGGCUGGAUAAUCGUUUUGUACGAUUUUGUUCGCCGAAAUAUUCGUUCUGUUCGAGAGAAACGUUAUUAAAGUUUUUAUAUCGCACGUAAACGACGUUCAUUUGGGACACGUCCGCGUCAUAAUUUCGCGAAACGCGUCUCUAACGCGUUUUUUCGUUCCGCCUGAGUCCAUCGUGACAUUUUCCAUGAGGCGAUCCUCUUCUCCGUUCCUUACCACAAUCGUCUAAAGAAAAAAAAACUCGAACACUAAAGUCAUUAACGUCAUUAUCUUGAGCUGCCAUAGAAUGAAUUGUUAACGGUUCAUUUUCAACGAAUAACUGCUGCGCGCCGUUGGGGAUAGCGCCGCGAUCGACAUGACAAUCGAUCUACCGUAAUCGUUGAUCGCGUGCUUCGAUCAUAAAUCCUCGACCGAUGACGAUCACCCUCGAGCUCACAAUUAUGUCAGGAAUGAUUGAGACGCGCCAUCCUUCGAAAAUUGACGUCGCUUCAUGUGCAAAAUGUGCGUUCAACGAUAAAAAGCGUCAAAAACUUUCUUUUAACAUUAUAAUAUUUCAUUCCUCUAAAUUGCAUUAUUGGUAACUUAAUUUCAUACAGAAUUGCCUGUGUGUGUCGUUGGGAGUAUUUCUUGCGCAUUAAGUCGGACGUCAACUUUUGAAAGAAAGUGCUUUCCCGAGCAUCUAAAAAUUACGUAUGCAUAAGACCGAUAUUUUUUCUCAUCGCCUGCGAGUAUUCACUUCGUCUAGUACAUUAACACACAUACACACACACACACGGGAUUCACCGGCUUAAGAGUAAGACUGUAAGAGUAGCGUAAGAAAAGCGACGCGGAUCUCGUUCCGCGCGCGGAGAAGCGUGGCGACGCACGAUUGUGCAAUCGCGUGGUGUUCUUUACGAUAUCAAAAGACUAGCUUUUUACCGAUAAGCGCAGCAGAUAAAUAACUAAGCACGAUCGCUGUUAUACAAAACAUUCCGUGUCGGAACCGUUUUGACGAUCGAUAUUUCGGUGUUAAAUUGGCGACGUCGAUCUAGUUCGCCGUUGGCGAUCAAUGCGAUCACGAUCACGAUCACGAUUGAGAGCGCGAGAUGAAGAGUCAUGAAACGUUUCGCCGGUGGUGCCGAGAUUCUUUCAUUUUCGCGGCGAAUCGAAGGCGCGAACCUUCUGUACCUGCCGACGUCAUUUCCUUCGCGUUUGCGGUAUUCCUCGGCUUUGUUAGGUAAACGUAUACGAGUGUACCUUUCGGGAGAAGAAAAGAGCUUUCGGAAGCGCACAGCGGUCGAGACGCGACCAGCAAGGAACUGCGGGACCGAUGAUCGAGUAGUGAACACGAUGUCCUAUUUUUCGAUAAAACUAAGGUAGUUACUUAAAUGCUCCGUAUAUUAAAGAGUAUGCGUGCGAGAGCGAGGAAGAGCGAGAGGGAGAGAGAGAAUGUCAAUUAGAUUAACGGAGGAGGUCGAAGCGCGACAAGGAAAAAAGAGAACAAGAGGAACGCUAAGCGUACUUGAAGACCGUGUCUACGAUGAAUCUCGAUUACUGAUUAUCCCAAGUCCCGUCAAAGUUCUCACGAAUCAAAUUGAAUCGGUAAGUAGAAGAAGGGCCCACCCAACUGCGCGCACCGCCGCGCCGUCCGAGCAGAAUCGCUUCGUUACACCGCAAUCCUCCACCUGAGAAACCGCGCGUCGCGCUGCCGAAAGAAAAACCCGCUCUCGAGCAAGGACGUCCGUUCGGCGGUGCUUUAGCGGCACGCAAUAAGAAGCAUACGUAAAAUAUCUCUUCCGAUCUGUCAUGGGAAAGUGUCUUCUGUUCCCCCUUUCCCCGUGUGAAGAAGUGCCGUCUGUGUAUGCAUAGACUCUGCCACUACUUACGGAUUCGAUUGGUUCCCCGCCGAUAAAAGAUGGGAUCGCUCAAAUUCGCGACGAGGAUCGAUUGCGAAUUCUCGUGAGUUUCGCGAAACGUAGAGACGAGAAGAGACGGUAAAGAGAAGUGCGAUACCUCACCGGGAUUCAAAAGAUCGGUCUCAUUGAGAGAAGAGAAAGAAGGAGAGAAACGCGAGCCUUACGCGCGCGCCUGUAAAGUCUCUCGUCCUUCGACGGGUCCGUUUGCUUUGGCGUCUAUUUCUUUUUCUCCUGCCACCUUGUUCCUUCCCCAGCCAUCGUCGUUUUUAGCUCAAUUUUUUAUCCGAACCUUCGCGGCGGGAAAAAGUGUGGUGUAUCGAUAAGGUUUAACGGAGCCCAUUCGAAGCACUGACAACGUACACUCUCAUUGUGUUUCACUAAUUUUUAAGUAUAGUCUUUUGUAGCCUUUUUAAUGCGCGCGCUCGGUCGCCGUAAGCGACCGACGAUUAAUUCUUACAAGAGGUCAGAGAAAAGUGCGAGAAGUAGAUGGGCGAAAUCGAUUGCGCGAGUACACCGCAAUGCAAUCGCGAGUACACACGAAUACAUACAUAAAUAGUGGGCAUUGUCGGGAAAUGCUUUUUGGUCUCAAAAGUCCGACAUCUGGUACAUGAAACUUCGAUUUCUGAUAUCGAUUAAUUUAGUGAGCUAGAUCAAGAUGCUGCGAUCUGUAUAAAGUUUCAUGAGAAUUUUUAGAAAAAAUAGUUUAAGUUUUGUAUACUUUGAUCACUAAUAUUUAUAAUUUUUUGUUUCCUUUUUCUUUAAAAAAAAACUCGACAUGUUUAUCAUCAUUAUUAAAACAAGAAAACAUUUAAAAAACAUUAAAAGAUGAUGGUAAAUGGUAAACAUUUUUAUCUCCAAUGUGUCUGUGUCAGAGACACAUUUUGCGCACAUCAUCGGUCGAUUCUGAAGAAAGAUUUUCUCGAUAAUGUCCAAAACCUAGUUGUAACGAAAUAACGAUCAGGGUAUAGUUUGCAAUUAUAUUCCGGGCAUAUCACACGUAUACACACAGAUAUUUACUAUAUAUCAUCGCACAUAUUCUUCUGCAAUAGUCGUAGCAGUGCAAUAGACACUCCAAUCGCGAAUAAGCCACCUUAACAAGACUUAUCCGUCCCUCCCCGAUUCAUAUUCGCCGUUUCGAUGUAACACAUUUUCGCUCGGCUCAUUCCGGUCUUUCAACAUCAAAAUUGCAUACGUCGAUUCUCGUGAUCGACUGCCGGUCGCUCAGCUUGCGCGAUCGAGUUCACAUUAGCCCGUACGUGAAGGAGGUUGAGAUACGCCCGAAUGUGUAGGUAGACAAUUGACGUAAGGUAGACGUCGUGAUUUUUAGGGGCGAUUUAUCUCGGGAGCGGAGCGAGGAACGCUCUCGGCGCCACCCGCUUCCGAGAUAAUUCUCAUACCGUAAGUGUACCUAUACCUAUAUUGUAUAUAGGUAUAUAUAAUUAUAUAUAAUUAUACAUACGUAUUAUAUAUAAUUAUACAUAUAUAAAUACAGCCUCCCACACUCGUCACCGAUUUUACGCUAGAUUUCUCGCAAUAUCUCUAAUAAAUUCUAUUAUACGUGUAUCAUUAUGUGACAAAGUAAAAAAAAAAAGAAAAAGUACGCGACUCGUUCGUAUUUCGUCUCAGGAAAAGAUAUUUGUCGAUCACGCGAUGACGAUGACGAUGAUAGAGAUGACGUACUGUAAGAAUAAUGCUGCGAGGGCGGAAGGUUUAGGCUAAUCGUUUAUUACACAUUAUGAGAAAUGUCGCUACUAAUAGUGUUACCACUUUGAAUAUUCAAUAAAAAGUGAUGUUGAGAGUAGCGUUAUUACGUUAUGUACUUUAUUCAGUAAUUAUACGAUAUUUAGUAUAUGA